CGCGUUCUUUCUCUGGCACGCCGCGUCAACGACACUAACCGUCGCGUGCACAUCCGACCACGCACAAGCAUACCCGCCAUGGACGACGACCUGUUCGACGUCUUCGAGGGCGGACCGGGCUCCGCAACACAAGUCCCGCCUAAGAAGAGCAAGAAGCGCCAAGCGAACGGCGACGUGAAAUCGCCCGCGCCCGUCGAAGAUGCGCCCAUGUCGGAUGCGCUCUCGGAAGCGCCCGAGCCAGCAAACGACGACGAUGACGAGGACGAGGACGAGAACGGCACACCACAGGUUCCCAAGCGGCAAAAGCGCGACGCCGAGCCCGAACCCAUUGUGACGGACGACUUCGAGACGGAGCAGUCGCGCGAGAUUGCCGCCGCCGCCGGGCUGCAGGCCCAGACACAGCAGGAGGGACAGGCCGUGGUGCUCUCCCACCAGGUCCGCCACCAGGUCGCCCUCCCGCCCAACUACGACUAUGUCCCCAUAUCCGAGCACAAGCCGCCGCAGGAGCCUGCGCGCACUUGGCCCUUCACCCUCGAUCCCUUCCAGCAGGUCUCCAUCGCCUCGAUCCAGCGCAACGAGAGUGUCCUGGUCUCGGCGCAUACGUCAGCCGGAAAGACGGUCGUGGCCGAGUACGCCAUUGCGCAGUGCUUGAAGAACAACCAGCGAGUCAUCUACACCAGUCCCAUCAAGGCGCUGAGUAACCAGAAGUACCGCGAGUUCAUGGCCGAGUUUGGCGACGUGGGUCUCAUGACGGGUGAUGUCACCAUCAACCCGACUGCGACAUGUCUGGUCAUGACCACCGAGAUUCUGCGUUCCAUGCUGUACAGAGGCUCCGAGAUCAUGCGCGAGGUGGCCUGGGUCGUCUUCGACGAGGUCCACUACCUACGAGACAAGUCGCGUGGUGUCGUCUGGGAAGAGACCAUCAUCCUCCUGCCAGACAAGGUCCGCUAUGUCUUUCUCUCGGCCACCAUCCCCAACGCCAUGCAGUUCGCCGAGUGGAUCACCAAGACACAUAGCCAGCCCUGCCACGUCGUAUACACCGAUUUCCGUCCGACCCCACUUCAACACUACUUCUUCCCGCAAGGCGCAGAUGGUAUUCACUUGGUCGUCGAUGAGAAGGGCGUGUUCCGAGAAGAGAACUUCCAAAAGGCAAUGUCAUCCAUCGCAGACAAGGCAGGCACCGAGGCCUCGGACUUCACGGCCAAGCGCAAGGGCAGAGGCAAAGACAAGAAGACCAACAAGGGCGGGAACAAAGACGGCUCGGAUAUCUACAAGAUCGUCAAGAUGAUCAUGAUCAAGAGCUACAACCCCGUCAUCGUCUUCAGCUUCAGCAAGAGGGAAUGCGAAAACUACGCGCUCGCCAUGAGCCAGCUCGCCUUCAACGACGAGUCCGAAAAGGCCAUGGUGUCCAAGGUCUUCAGCAGUGCCAUCGAAAUGCUGUCAGAAGAGGACCGCGCGCUUCCCCAGAUCCAACACAUCCUGCCACUUCUGCGAAGAGGUAUCGGCGUCCAUCACUCCGGACUCCUGCCUAUCCUGAAGGAAACCAUUGAGAUUUUGUUCCAGGAAGGCCUGAUCAAGGUCUUGUUCGCGACAGAGACUUUCUCCAUCGGAUUGAACAUGCCGGCUAAGACCGUGGUCUUCACCAGCGUCCGCAAAUUCGACGGUGUAUCCCAACGAUGGGUCACUCCCUCAGAGUUCAUUCAAAUGUCUGGACGAGCUGGUCGUCGUGGUCUCGAUGACCGUGGUAUUGUCAUCAUGAUGAUUAACGAGCAGAUGGAGCCUGCUGUAGCAAAGGAAAUCGUACGCGGACAGCAAGACAACCUAAACUCUGCUUUCCAUCUUGGAUACAACAUGGUUCUAAACCUGAUGCGAGUGGAGGGCAUUUCUCCCGAGUUCAUGCUGGAGAGGUGUUUCUUCCAGUUCCAAAAUACCGCUGGUGUCUCUAAUCUUGAGAAACAAUUGCAAGAAUUGGAGCACGAGAAGGCGAGCACAAACAUCACAGACGAAGCGACCGUCAAAGACUACUACAACCUGCGACAACAACUAGACACCCACACAAAAGACAUGCGCGAUGUCAUCAUGCACCCCAACUACUGCUUACAGUUCCUGCAGUCUGGCCGCCUAGUCAAAAUCAAGUUCAAGGACCACCACUUUGGAUGGGGCGCCGUCGUAGCAUUCGUUCCUCGAAGAGCCAACAAGGGCGAGAUCCUGCCACCUCAGCAAUCCUACGUCGUCGAUGUUCUCCUCAAAGUAUCAAGCGACACGAAAUUCGCACCGCAGGCAAACGAGGGCCUGCCGCCUGGUGUGCGACCACCCGCGCCCGGCGAUAAGGGCAAGGUCGAGGUCGUGCCUGUGCUCUUGAGCUGCAUCGAGUCGAUUGGCCAUCUGCGCAUCUUCCUCCCUCAGGAGCUUAAAUCCACAGAGCAGAAGAACGGCGUGCGCAAAGCACUGGACGAAGUCGAGAAGCGCUUCCCAGACGGUAUCGCCAUUUUGGAUCCGAUCGAGAACAUGCAGAUCGUAGAUGACAGCUUCAAGCGUUUACUCCGGAAAAUCGAAGUCCUCGAAUCCCGUCUCCUCUCCAACCCCCUCCACAACUCCCCCAGACUACCAGAACUCUACAGCCAAUACGCCACCAAAAUGGCCAUCGGCGACAAAGUAAAAGCCAUCAAAAAGCAAAUCGCAGACGCCCUAUCCAUAAUCCAACUCGACGAGCUCAAGAGCCGAAAGCGCGUCCUCCGCCGCCUAGGCUUCAUCGACGACGCCGACGUAGUCCAGCUCAAAGCCCGCGUCGCAUGCGAAAUCAGCACCGGCGACGAGCUGGUCCUUAGCGAACUGCUGUUCAACCGCUUCUUCAACGAGCUCACACCCGAGCAGUGCGCCGCUUGCCUCAGCUGCUUCAUCUUCGAGGAGAAAUCCGCUGAUGUGCCCGCCCUGAAGGAAGAACUCGCAAAGCCUUACCGCGAGAUCCAACAGCAGGCGCGCGUUAUCCUGAAGAUCUCCCAGGAGAGCAAGCUCGCUGUCGAUGAGGAGGCGUAUCUCAAGUCGUUCAAGUACGAGCUUAUGGAUGUUGUGUAUGCGUGGUCCAAGGGCGCGAGUUUCGCACAGAUAUGCAAAAUGACAGACGUCUACGAGGGCAGCUUGAUCCGCCUCUUCCGCCGCCUGGAGGAACUGCUGCGCCAAAUCGCCCAGGCUGCAAAGGUCAUGGGCAGCGAGGAACUGGAGCAGAAGUUUACCGCUGCGCUGGAUCUUGUGCGCCGCGAUUUGGUGGCUGCGCAGUCACUGUAUCUCUGAUCUGGUCGCAUCAUCCUGAAGAAAAAUCAGAAGACGGGUCAGAAGCUGUGUGUAUAUAUCUGUAAUGGGAUGACGCGGGGAGAUGUUGGGUUGGUCUUUGCGUCGUUUGCUAAGGUAAGGUAAAGUAAGGUAAAGGGGUUACUUGCAUGCAUGCUUGGCGUUUUGAUUGUUUCUAUCUAUAUGCGUCGAGGUCUUACGAUUGCGGAGGGGACUUGCGCGUGCCUAUUCACGUGGACUGGAGGCUCGACGUAGUGGCGUGACGUCGAUGGGGGGAGGAGUGGUCCUGGAUUACCUACCUGGAAUUAUUGACUAGAUUUGAUACCGCCGACUGAUGCGGUAAAAUGAUCCCUCUACCCCCC